CCAAAAUAUAUAAAUUUUUAAACAAAUAAAAUCCAUAGAUAAAUAACUCGAAAAACCCAAUCCGAACCGCACCCGAUGGAUCCGAAAAUAACAAAACUCGUUUCUAGCGGGCUAAAUCCGACCCGAACCCGAUUAGUAAAACCGUAAAUCUACCCAGCCGCCUCCUCUAUCUCUCUCUCACGAUCCCUCGUUCCUUCCCGACCGUCCGUAGGUGUCGCCGUGGGUGUAAAAGAUGCAGAACGAUGAGGUUAUAUGGCAGGUUAUCAGGCACAAGCACUGCAGUUUUAUGGCCAAAAUUGAAACUGGGAUUUUUUGCCGAAACCCAUAUAAUGUGACUGGAAUCUGUAACCGGAGCUCUUGCCCUCUUGCCAAUAGUCGCUACGCCACCAUUCGUGACCAUGAUGGAGUGUUCUAUCUUUAUAUGAAAACAAUUGAAAGAGCUCAUAUGCCUAACAAAUUGUGGGAAAGAGUUAAGUUGCCCAGGAAUUAUGAAAAAGCACUCGAAAUCAUUGACAAACAUUUGAUGUAUUGGCCUAAAUUUCUUGUACACAAGACGAAGCAGCGGCUGACAAAAAUGACACAAAUGAGGAUACGGAUGAGGAAGCUUGCAUUAAAAACAAGGGAGAAAAUAAUGACAACACCUAGAAAAGAGAAAAAGAGGGAGUCUAGGAGAGAAGAAAAGGCUGAAAAAGCUGCUUUGUUGGAUAAGAGUAUCGAAAAAGAAUUACUAGAACGCCUUAAAAAAGGAGUUUAUGGUGAUAUAUAUAACUAUCCUGUCAAAGAAUACAACAAGGUUCUCGAGCAGGAAGAAUUACAGCUUGCCAGCGAAGAAGAAGAAGUUGAGGAGGAACCUGAGAUUGAAUAUGUUGAAGGUUAUGAGGAACUUGAGGAAGAGGAUGAUAUAGAAGAUUUUGAUGGUCUUGGAAUUGACCAAAGUCACACGGAUGAUGAUGAUAAUGUUGGACUGGAUGAAGAUGAUGAAGAUGCGGAACCACUUCUUCGCAAGAGAGUAAGAAAAGAGUCUGUUAUGGCUGCUAGAAAGAUUGAGAAAGAUGGAGCUGUUGCUAAAUUGAAAAAGAAGGCGAGGGUAAUUGUUGAGGUUGAGCAUGAAGAAGAUGGUGAUGGAAGACAGAAGGCAGUCCAAAGUAUUGCUUGAUUUUUUUGCCCCAUGAAAGAUAUUGCUGCAGGGGUCCUUUCUAUGAGGUCAGAUGUAGAUUUUUCCCAAAGCUUACCAAGCCAAAAGAAAGUAGAAUAGGAAAAACUCGCAACUACAGACAACAGAAUUUUGAUAGUUGGGUCACCUAAUUAUAAUUAAAACUAUUUCAUUUGAAGAGAAUUUUGUCCGAGAUGCUAAGUUUUGUUCUUUAUUCUCACCCACCUGUAUUUUAGGAGUAGAAUAUUUUUCGAAAAAUGAUCACAUUGAGUUUUUUUUUUUUAACCUUAUUUAGUUAGGGAGACAUUGUUUGUUGGUUUCAAUCUGUAGACAUUCUUUGAACUUCGCAAGGUAGGCUGUUUUUUGUGCUUAUUCAACUAAAUUGCUUGUAAAUGAAAGUGGGUUCCUUAUACUUGUGAAUGAGAUCCAAUUGGAUUAAGGAGAAAAGAUAGGGAAUGUUUUUUUCCA